AUGGGGGUUCCUGUAGUGGCCUUCUCCUUCUCGCUCAAGGACAACACUGAGCACGAUGAAUAUGAAAUAUCAGAUCAUCUAAGAAAAUAUGGGUGGAUUGUUCCAGCCUAUACAAUGGAUCCAGAUGCUCAGCACAUUACACUUCUGCGUGUUGUGGUGAGAGAGGACUUCAACCGAACGCUGGCAGAGCACCUGGCUGCAGAUGUUGACAGAGUAUCGAAGGAAUUGGAAGAGCUUCCUCCUAAGAUAAUUCAUGCAGUUCAAGGCUUAGCCAUUAGUGAAGAAGGUAAAAAGGGGCAACAGGCAAAAGAAGCUAUCACAGAGUCGAAUGGUGGUGAUAGCCAUAGUCACAGCUUUGCAGUUUUACUGUUGGUCGGAGAAGAAGAAGAAGCAACAGCAGUUGGGAGGACUCUGACAGAAAAUCUGGAAAGAACGGAGAAAUUUAAAAUAUUAUCCAAAGACAUGGGGGUUCCUGUAGUGGCCUUCUCCUUCUCGCUCAAGGACAACACUGAGCACGAUGAAUAUGAAAUAUCAGAUCAUCUAAGAAAAUAUGGGUGGAUUGUUCCAGCCUAUACAAUGGCUCCAGAUGCUCAGCACAUUACACUUCUGUGUGUUGUGGUGAGAGAGGACUUCAACCUGUAG